GCCGUAUCUCUACAUACAAGGAAGAUGCAUUAGGAAAGGAAAUGUUUGCCGGAGAAAUAUCACCCCAGCAUCUUCUGAUUAACAGCAAAUAUGGUGAUAGCCAUGGGGAGACGCAACAGACACUGACUGCUGAAAUUGUGGUGUCUAAUCAGGACAACUGUACACCACUUGGUUGUGAUCUCAAUUCCCAAUGCGUUGCAGAUCAAAAUGGUGCUGUGUGUGAGUGCCAGACAGGGUUCAUCAUGGAAGAUCAACUGUGCCAUGAUGUUGAUGAAUGCCUUCUUAACCAAGAACAGUGCAAUCAGAGCUGGUCCAGAUGUAUCAAUACUGAAGGAAGUUACUUCUGUGAGUGCCUUUUGGGUUAUUCUGAAGAUGGACUUCAUUGUUCUGAAUCUAUCAUCGGUCCUUCUGUUGUAACCAGGGAUGACUCUACAUUAUCUGAAAAAGAAGGUCCUAUGGACUGCUCACCAUCCUACUGUUUCCAUCAGGGAGUUUGCAUUUAUAUUUCAGAUCUGCAGACUUUUGCAUGCAACUGUGUGAAAGGCUACCUGGGAGACCGCUGUCAGUUUAGUGACUUGGAGUGGUGGGAACAACAACAUGAGAUGCAUCUUAAGAAGCAAAACAUCGCAACUGCUGCGUUCUUGGCUGUGCUGUUCUUGGUCCUGCUCCUUGGUGUGGCUGCCUUCUAUUUCUAUAGGAGACAACAGAGUUUUUCCAAGAGGGAACCCUAGGCAGAAGACAGAAUAGCUGCUAACAUGAGCUGCAGCAGCACUCCUACCUGCCCUAAAAGGAAAGACAUGAGGCUGCCAACUAUUAAGCCUUUGGUAAUUCUAUAGUAACACAGAGUAAUGCAAAACAAAGGAGAAAUCAAAGGAUAUUAGGGAUCGACUUGAGAUUAUCCAUCAAAUACUUCAUACAUUAAAUAUAUUAAAUAACCACUGGGAGGGCUAUCAAGUAUUUUUCAAUGGACCCAGAGUUCUUCUUAGCUCAUUGUUAUGUGAUCCUUCAAAGUUCACAGCUGCCUGAACGCAUUGCAAUCAAGUGACAGUGUUUAUUGUUAGCUGUGCACAAACAGUUGGAGGGAUGGUCUAAAUUAAAAAAUGCCAACAUGAUGACAUGACCAAUUCACAUUGUAGAGAUGAAAAUGCACUUUGUUUCUUAGAGACCACUGUUGGCUGGGCUCUCCUUUCCGUGUUGAGGGGCCUAGCGAUGCCUAAUCCCAUCUCCUAUCAUUAUUACCAGCUGAACAGUUGGAAGGAAAGUACAGAAUCACAAUCCAAGAUUUUGCAAGCUACUUACGACAUUUGGCCUGGAGGGGAAAUGCUUUUGGAUGGAUUUGGGCAACUGAACAGUGAAAGAAAGGAAUGAGAAACCGGAUCUCAUGAUCUCAUUCAUUGUACUUCACAUGGACGACAAUUUUAUUUCAUUGGAAAUAAUGCAUGGAACAAUGCAGAAUUAAUCAGCUAACAGAAUUGUGUUUCCCCUGUUUAUUACAAACUUAAGUGAAAAAAACCCAGCAUGUAAACUUCUAAAACAAGAAAGGUGCAUUAAAACCACAGCUAUCGUUCUAUUUCAGACUGCUCUAAAUAAAGAUAUCCUUAGGAGCAGUUGUUGCUACAAUUAAUCCCAGUAUCGAAUGUAAUUUUGAUUGAGUUUUAAUGUUUAGUCCACUGCUUCCCAUCCCAACCACUGUUGAUGAAUUCCAGCAGCUUCCACAACCACAACUCCCAUCAUCCUUAAAGAGACAAAAGCCGGGCUGCCCAGCCCCACUGGAGAGUCCCCUGCUUGGGAGAGGAGAGCCCCCUGCCCCAAAGGUUCUUCACACAAUGCACAACCUCCCAGAUCUUGCAAGAGGAAGGUGGGCUCAUCAAGCCCACCAGCUCUUCUCCCCUUUAUUUAGUUUAUUCGAUAACUAAAUAUUGGACUGCGUUGAUUAAAUCAAAUCUUAUUUAAUCUUCUGUAACAUUCUUUUUGUUUUUGUUUUCCUCGUCUCGUGUCAGGAUCAGCUUUGUGAAGUUAUACACAACAAUUAGUAGAAUCCAAAUUUAUUUAUUUGGUUUAUUUCUUGUUGUUCUGUUUUGUUGAAGGAACUAACAAAAGGUAAAUAAAGUAAAUAUUA